CUAUGUUUUAGGCGAACAUGGUGAUUCGCAGAUUAUUGCAUGGUCUUCUGCACAUGUUGGAGGCAAGCGUUUGUUGGACUUUCCCGAAGUGCAAAAUUUAGAUAAAGAUGCUGUUGCUAAAGAAAUUGCGAGUAAAGCCUACAAAAUUAUCGAACUUAAAGGUGCGACUUAUUUCGGAAUUGCUGGAUGUGUGUCCAUGUUGGUUCAGUGUAUUGUAUUGAAUCAGAAACAUGUAAGACCGUUGAGUACUUAUAUUAAAGAAUACGACUGUGCAUUUAGUAUGCCCGUCGUAUUGGGAAGUCAAGGUAUUGAAAAAGUAAUUGAUGUUUCGUUGAGUGAAGAAGAAAAGAAUAAAUUGAGAUGUUCAGCCUCGAAUUUGAAAUCAAUUUGUGCUAAGUAUUUAGAUAAG